AGACCAAUUAGGUCGGUAUGUGGGCGGGACUUGGUGGACGUUUCCUCAUGUAUCAUUAUCAUCAUCCCAUGGACUGACUUGUUUGUUGUCUAGCAAGAUGGAGUUCCUUUUGGGAAAUCCUUUCAGUACCCCAGUCGGGCAUUGUAUCGGUGAGUCACCAGAUGUUUCAGAUGUGAUACUGUGUGAGGGCAGUAUUUAUUUUGCCCUGUAAAUGUAUUGCUUUGGUGUGGUAGUCAUUUGCGGGCUUGCUACGUUUAGCCUGCUAACGUCCCUGAAUGAGUUCAGGAGAGCAACCGUUAGCCGCCUAGCUAACUUCUAGUAACGGUGAUACCUGCUGUCAUUGCGCUAACAACACAUUCAACUAAUUUCAGGUCUGUGUUCUGUCACUGGCACCUCUGAGGCUUUCUCUCAAGACAUUAAUAUACCUAAUUUAACGUUUCUUUAAUGACGACAAAUAGCUUUGGUAGCUAAAAGCCAGCUAGCCACCAGUCAUCGUCAUGUAAUGAACUGAUCUGCUGUGUUUUGCUGGAGCGUCUUAACGUGAAAUGUCCUCGACUAACUCCUUGUGUUUAACAGAGAGAGCGACUGAUGGCUCCCUGCAAAGUGAAGACUGGACCCUGAACAUGGAAAUAUGUGACAUCAUCAAUGAAACAGAGGAUGGGUGAGUAAACCAGGGAGAAUCAAUCAAUAGCCAUACCCCUAAUUGAUUUUCUCGCCUUUAUGCGUCAAUAUGUUUCUGUCUUCCUUGUGCAUGUGCUGUUCUUGUAAUGCACUUCUGCAGAAAGAUAGGCUAUCAGAGUCAUUCCUUUCCCUCGUGUUUAUCUGUGUCAUACUUAAGAGAAAAAGCCUUGCUCUGUCUGGGUAAAGUGGAUUUAUGCAAGGCCUCAUUGCUUAUCUCAUCCCUCCAUUAACCUUGUACUGUAUGUUUAAGCUGGUGUGUCAAGUCCAGGUCUUGUUUGAUUAGCAGGUUGUAAACUGGCUUAGGUGGGUCCAGGCUUGUGCAUUGGAUUUUAUAUCAGUAGAUAUAAAAAGGGUCAGACUUUUUCCCUCUGUGACUAGUGUAACACACCCACUGCUGCAUAGCUGGUUUGACCUGUUCGUAUUUGCCGAAGAAGUUGAUCAUUACUAACUUUGGUAAAAGAGGAGUCAUGUAGAAAUUGUGUACUUUCAAAGAAUCAUUGACAUGUGCCUGCAUUUAGUAUUCAGCUUGCCAAUUCUUGCACUUGACUCCAUCAUUCUAUUAGUGUCAUACAAAAGUGCCCUCAGCCAUUGAGAUUACCUAGUCAUUUUUUUACUCUUCUUGAAAUUUCUUACCACUGUAUUUAAGAGCUGCAGGCACUCUGUGCUGACCUUGUGUGUGGAAAAUGUGUGCCUGACUUGUGUGUUUGUGUGUGUGCAGGCCAAAGGAUGCCAUAAGAGCUGUGAAGAAGAGGCUAAAUGGCAACAGAAACUAUAGAGAAGUUAUGUUGGCUUUAACGGUGAGUUUAAUGUUGGAAAGAGGAGGUAAUCUACAUUGCAUUUAAAGUUUAUACAAUGCUUAUCUUGAAAAAAGUUGCGUAAUGUCACAAUCCAGUUGAUAAGAUGCAAUAAUGUUUUUUUUUAUUAUUAUUUGUAUCUCAUGAAUCUCAUUCAGACAAAAUUUGCAAUUUAAAGCUGCAUGUGUAUCCUUUAAAAUUCUCCUUCACCACUUAGCAAACAUUAAGUGGAGUUUUCUUCUGCUUCCUUCAGGUUUUGGAGACGUGUGUGAAGAACUGUGGCCAUCGUUUUCAUGCUUUGGUCACCAGCAGGGACUUUGUUGAUGGUGUGCUCGUAAAAAUCAUCUCACCUAAAAACAAUCCACCCACAAUUGUACAAGAUAAAGUCCUUGCCCUGAUUCAGGUAAUAUUACAGCAGAGAAAAAUUGAAGUUCAGUCUAAUUUGUUCUUUUUCUUUGCAUGUGUCAGAUCUAUAUAUUUUUGAUUUUUCAAUGCUGUGCAAUAAUAUGAGAGACACUUUGUGCUUUCGAUUAAGUUUGCAAGUGAGAGGUGAAGUGGCGUUUAGGUGUUUAUUGCAGUACGUGAGGCUGAGCAGCAGGCUAGAAGGCGUCUUGUGCUCCCCAGGCAGAGCCUCGGGUAAAGUACAGUAUCUGUGGGGCAGCAGUCAGGAUCAGCUCGAGUUACCUGUCGCAGCUCAGGUAACCCUGCUGGGCUCAUGUGGGCCGCUCUUAUUUCCUCCAGAGGAACCAUGUGAUCACAGCGUACACCAUGGACCACAGAGGAGGGAAGAGGGCAUUGAACAGUUUCUGACAUUGUCGUCUUUGUUUGUCUAGUCCUUAGAAAGACAAGUUUGCAGUGAGAAGGGUGAGCUGGGAAAAAGUUGUGUGGGAAAAUGCACAAAAGAGCGCUCCUUUUAUCCAACAGCAAGAGAAUUGUUGACGUUUCUUUUAUCACAAUGUGUAAUGCUCUGUUGGGCAACAGACUGCGGUUGUGCUCUGCCGCUCCCUCACAACCUGUCUGGUCCCUCGGGUGCUGAUGUGUGUGCCCUGGAGUUGUUAGUCAAGAGCUUGUGUGCACAGUUAAUAGUGCUGACAAUGAUUCAGUUUUAACGUCAUUCUUUAAAAUAUUUUUAGCCAAACUUGCCUUAAACAAAAGGAGGAGAUUUGAAUGUUAGAUGGAAUUGGCCUGCAGAUGAAGUGACUCAGUAGAAUGUUUUUGGAUGAAGACCUUCAAAGUCCUGUGCACUUGUUUUACAAAAGUGUGUCAUGUCUUUGAGCUCUCCUGUAACAGCCUGUUUUAGCUUCAUCCUAUCCACUCAUGAGGAGCGGAGCCCAAGAGCUUUGUGGUUUGCUGACUGAAUAUAUCAAAGUCUUAUGAACAGAAAUGAUCAGAGAACAGGCCUCUUCUAGUACUCUGACAUUGUUGACAGUGUUUGCUGCGUCAGCUCCCCUUGGGACCAUAGUUGUUUUUUUGUCUCCUCUCUCCAGGCAUGGGCUGAUGCAUUUAGGAGCAGUCCUGACCUCACAGGGGUUGUUCAAAUUUAUGAGGAGCUAAAGAGGAAAGGCAUCGAGUUCCCCAUGUCAGACCUGGAGACCCUGUCACCUAUACACACACCCCAGAAGGUAAGCAGCUUAAACACAGACACAAGACUUUUUGUGUUGAUAGAAAACACAGUGAGAUGAUCUCCUCUGAUAAUUUGUCACAUUUUUUAUAUGACAUCUUUUUUCUGUCUCUUCUAGGCAGCCACAGCUCCAGAGGGAGACUCCACCCUUCAUAAGUACAGCACUACCCCUCAGCCCACACCUCAAGCUGUCCCACCAGCCUACACCACCCCUCAGGUCCCUAACAUCCAUGCAGCUGGAGCCAUCAAUCCCACACCUGAACAGGUACAAUGUUACUAACCCCAACAUACUGUGGGACUGAUUCACACAAGGAUUACGCAGCUUUUGCAGACCCAAAACAUGCGCAGGUGAAAAGCACAUACAAAGGGAUGAAUUCUCCACAAAUGACACAGCAGAGUAAAAAGUGUCACUGUGCAGCAGUGUUGUUUGCAUACAUCAGCAGUAAAAUACGCUCCUAUCUGUACAAUUGCACCUCAUUACAAAUAACACCUAUUUGUGUGUGUAGCUCAGCCUGCGCUCACACAGGCUGAACUAUUAUGCGUGGUAUAGUUACCCGCCAUCUGAACAAGAUGCUCUUUGUUGACUCAGUCCGGAGAGUUUGCUGGAUGCAAAUUAUUUUUGGCAUAUCUGUUAUUAAUCGACUUCCUCCCUCCAUCCAGCUCAUCACAUAUGUGGGUAAACCACACAGCCCAGCAAGUAUGGAGAUGCUUAUAGAUCAUCUCAGUCACAAUAAAAUGUAAAUCUGCAGCAAACCGCACAGAGUUGCAGAACCUAGUGGGUGUUUUUGUGCUUGAAUAUCAUUAGCAUAAUAUGUUCUGUGAACUAGAGCUCGAGACAGAGCAAAUGAUGCACUGUUCUAAGUGCACAAUAAUCAGCCGCGAAAAACAGCCCAAGUCCUGACAGCUGUUUCAAACAUGCUCAACCUCAAGCAGCCUGCAGGCCCCUCACGUACGAGCAGACCGCUACAUUCUCAGAUUUCUUGUUUGGCUCCAUGCACGCUUUAAUGAUGACUACUCAUGUCCGUGCGUUGCUUCUCUUUGGAUACCUGCCUGCCAAGAGGACAGAAAUUUGAAUGUUUGUUUCUCUGUUUUCUGCUCUUUGCAGACGUUUGCCAAAGUUGAUUAUUGUUACCAGAUUUUAGUCAUGUGCUGUCACCAACUUCUUCAUAUUUGUCUGUUGGUUUUGACAAGGUCUUCAGCUGUUUUCAUCACUUAUUGCUUGUUGAGUUGUUGAAUUGUUUGUUGUAAGGUUUGUUUGUUCUGUUCAAGCAAACUAUCCAAACACUCCAAACACUUUAUUUUAUUUGUGUCUUAGUUAGCUCCUUCCAGUGUAUAGAAAUUCUUAAGUACAGUAUACUUAAAAACUUUUGGUUACAUUUUUUAAAAGUUUGCUAUUUUUGGCCGACUUUUUAAAAAUAUUAUAACUGAAUAUUUUAAAGCUUAAUCAUUCAUUUUUUAGCUGAGUCAGUAAGAAUCUUAUUCAGUAUCUUAUUAAUUUAUGUCUUCGAUAACUAGAUAUGCCGGCUGCGCAGUGAGUUGGACAUUGUUCGUGGAAACACUAAGGUGAUGUCAGAGAUGUUGACUGAGAUGGUCCCUGGACAGGAGGAUGCUUCAGACUACGAACUUCUGCAGGCAAGGAACCUGUGUGUUUGUGUGUGUUUGUGUGUGUCUCUAAUGAGUGUGGAUAAACAAACAUGAAUGUCUGAUGUAUUACAUUUACCAAAGAGAUUUAUUAAGCAUCAAGAAAACAGAAAACUGAGUCCGAUAUGCAUGUGUGCAUGUGCUCCCAAUGUGUGCGCACUGUGUGUAUAUGUGUGUAGGAGCUGAACAGGACUUGCAGAGCCAUGCAGCAGAGGAUAGUGGAGCUCAUCUCUUGUGUUUCCAACGAGGCGGUGACUGAAGAGCUGCUGCACGUCAACGAUGACCUCAAUAAUAUUUUCCUACGCUACGAAAGGUGAGACCACUCUGAAAAAUACUAGAAAGAGAUAUCUUGGUUUGUUUGCCCAGUUUUGGCUAAGUAAACUCAAGAGAUCUCUCUCAUUUCUUUUUUUGUUGUCUUUGGUUGCCUCAGGUAUGAGAGAUUCAGGUCCGGGAGGUCUUCAGCUCAGAGUGUCAACAAUGGGGUGAGUCAGCAGUUCGUCUCUCAGGUGAUGAAACAACAAGUGUUGCAUCGAUGUUUAGCUGCUUGUUUUUUGCUCAUUCUCUGUUGUUUCUGUGUCAGUGUUGUAAACUGAAUGUUCCAUUAUGAAGCUUUAAUGCUGUUAUCUGUCAGUUAUCAGUCUAUGAGUUAUCAGAUUUAAACGCCUCAUUUGAUGGGAAUCCUUCAUAGCUGUGUAUGCACAUGUUCUCAUCAUGGCAAGCAUUGAAAUGUCCUUUUCUUUCAUUCAUUUUCAGUAUUCUCUAAUCCCUUCCUACUGUCCGGUGUUCUCAACUUCAGUGUAGGGAGAUGUUUGGUAGUUUGUUCAAAGACUAUGAAUUUUGGGAAAUGCUGAAAGAGGGUAAUUUUAAUUUAGCGCUGCAGUGGUAUUAUUUGUGCUGUUUGUGCCUCCAGCUGAGUGCUCAUGGAUCUAAUCACCACCAACCAAAAUCUUCCCAGCAGUAUCACAUGAGACUAAUUUAUUUUUUCACCUCCUUCUGUCAACUUUACUGUUUUUACACUUGUAAGACUCCAUAGAUAUGUCGACUUGGGGUGUAUCUAGGGCUGGGCGAUAAACCCGCGAAAAUUUACUGAUACCAAAAUUUAUGACAAUAACGGACGUCAUUUUGCCCAUGUCAGUAUAUUCGGUGUCAAACAAAUGAAUAAAUAAAAGUUGGUUUUGGAUGUGUGUAGGUAGGCUAUGGUCUCAUGUCCCUUUAAGAUGCUGUCCUAUGUCAGAGAUGUGACUCCACCCCAUCCAGUGCUUAACAAAGAGGGAAACACAGGUGAGGAGAUGGAGGUUAAUGUGGGAGGGGGUGAGCAGCUUAUGGAGUAGUUAUCGUCCAUUUAUUGUUAUUGAAAUGAACUGCUCAACAUAUUGUGAUAUUGACUUGAGGUUAUAUUGCCCAGCCCUAGGUGUGUCAUUGGUUCAUAAUGAUAAGGACCUGUAGGUUGUCCACUGUUGAACCUGGAAAUCACUUGCUUGUUUAAAGUCAGUAAUGCUGUAGCUUUAUUCUCUGGGCUCACGUUUUCCCUCUGCUGUACUAACACACCUGAUCCAGCUGCUGUCAGCCUGCUGUGUUGUGGUUGUUUUCUGCCCCGAUUGUGACAUUAAACCACGCCAAUAUCAACAGGGUCACAUGCAAUCACAAUAGGGUUGAAUAUGGAUCCUUUUAAACCUUGAGUUUUGCUAUUUAGAGAAUGAAAUGUAAUGUAUUACAGACUGUGAAACUUCACUUGUUAUCACUGGAAUAUCAUUAGUAUAAUCUUUUGAGUACAGGACCUUGAGAUGUAGCAGACAGAUGUGGCUAGAGAUGCACAACUCAUGAUGCUGUCUGUGCUUGCAUUGUAUUUGUGAAUUCACCCCUCGCUAGAAUUCCUUAGUUUAUUAUCAGAACCUCAAUGGCCACGGCAUGAUAAGAUAUCCUAUCGAAAAGCUGAGGCAGUGAUACUCUUUUGGCACACACAUGAUGACCUCUUCGUUGGGUUCUCUGUUGUACUAGGCAUGUUUUACCUCCCAUAGCUCAUGUCAUUACAUUUUGUCCAUGCACAGGCAUGUUACAAGUAUUCACUGUCUCUUCCUUUGUGUUCUUUUCUGUUCUUCUGUUUUUCUGUGGCUAGCUGAGACAGGCAAGUAUGAAAAUAUUGUUGACGUCCCUAAAUGAUCAGUGCUGCUCACCCCACAGCGAUUGUUAAAACAUGGCUGAAUUAUAUGGGCCCCGCCUCCUCCACCAGUAUCUGUCACCCCAUAUGGCAUGUUUUGACCUUGUAGGUAAUGUUAUAAAAGAACUUGGAGGUAGACUGACAGUGACACAAGCUUAAGGUGGCACUGAGAUGAAUCACUGUCAUGUUGUGUUAAUAUUAUCCUAGACCUCCAGGACCCAAUAUUUAAUCCCCCCUCCCACCCUGCUGUAUUUCAACCUUCUUAAGGGGAAUCUUUCAACUUUAAAGAUAUUAAGAUAAAAGAUGAUGAAAUCAACUUGAGAGAAUGAGACUCAAUCCAGUCAAUUACUUUUAUAAUAAAAUUUCACCUUCAACAGAUACAAAUGUUUCCCCCUUAAGAAACCAUUUUUCCAGAAAGUAACUUAAUUUCCUCAGUUAGACAUUUUCAUGCUCUCCUGAAGCUAACUAACUGGUAUUCAGGCGUUCUGUUUACUUUUUCUCAUUAUGCAUCAUGCCUACAUUUUAAAUUUGACCACUUUUUUUCUUCCAUUUUUUUCCAGACACAGUCGAAGUACUAUGUUCCGUUUAACCCUGCCUCUCCUUAGCCUCCCACAAAAGGAUUUGUUUUGCUGCUCAUGAGCCAGAACCCCGAGUCCUUCUCUAGAGUGCAAAACGGAAUGAGAGUUAUCAUGUGCUUCUAUUUCUCCAGGUACUGAGUGAGGCUACAGAGGACAACCUCAUAGACCUCGGCCCAGGCUCACCAGCCGUGGUCAGCAACAUGCAGAACGCAGCACCGACCAGCCUGCCCCCCGCCAUCACAGCCCCUGCAGGGAGGCCCUCCUCUCCAGCCACACUGGCCUCCCGCCUGGCAGGUCUGGGUAAGUGCUAAACCUGAGAGGACAGAAAUGACAAACACGUUGUGACCUCUCACAGAUUUUUACAACAUCAUUGAGUUGAAGAAAUCCUUUGACAUACCUGCUGGUGUUUUAAUUUUCUUUAAGACUGAUGACAUGAUGACUUCCACUCUCAUGCCUGUGCUAACAACACCCAGUCCUGUUGUCCUUGUGUGGUUGCUAAGCAACCGGCACAGAUUUCAGAUAGAGGCAGCAUCUGGCGACUAGUUGCCAAGCAGUAGCUCCAGCUUGCAUGAACAAAAAGGCAUUAUUCCUCUGUCGAUAGAGUCAGCGUUGUAAUCACCAAGCUUUUCAAGUGUUUUUAGGUCAGCUUUUGAACUCUGAACCCAACGCUGUCUCCUCAGUCUUUACAUAAGUGAUAAGAUAGAUUAAGUGCACUUGAACCACUUGAGACUGCAAUAAACUUAAUUCUGUUUUUUUUUUUUUUUUUUAACCAGGAUUUUUUUAUACAUCAGGGACAAAAAGCCACUGUUGAGUUAGCGAUGUAUCUUUAUGCACAUUUCAUUACUACUUUGAGGUAUUGACAUGUAAGUGAAUUUGUAUAUUUUUCCACUUCAGACAUGGGUGCAGACAGUGUGAGCAGCACCUUAAGCUCUCUACCCAGCUGUAAGCCGCCUGCUGCACAAGACGACUUUGAUGUGUUUGCUCAAACCAGGACUGGAACUUUGCCUGAAGCAAACAAGACGUAAGCACACAUCAGGGAUGUAUUGUCAGCAAAUGUUGUGUACAGUCUCUGCAGUUUAAGCACAUGCACCAUGAACAGGGGCUAAACCUGAUAAAUGGUAGAAACAGCCAUGGCCGUCUACUCCUCACAUUUGCUUUCUCUUCAGUCUUUCUCUCUCUCAAUCUCUUAAAAAAUGUCAUUGUAUUACUGUAUUUUUCAGGCAAUAAGGCGCACCAAAUUAUAAGGCGCACUGUGAAUUAACAUGUCUUUGUUCACACAUAAGGUGCACUGGAUUGUAAGGCGCAUUAAGCAUUAAGUAUUAAGCGCGUACUCCGAGCCCAGGCUGACUUACAUGAAUGAACUUGUAGUUUAGACAUGACAGUCAGGCAGUCGUGUAGACUGCUCAGGGGUCCCGUUAUUGGGCCAGGUAGUGAUACAGCGUACCAUGAUGCUCCGAAUAUCCGAAUAUGAGCGGAGUGGCUUCGUUGCUUACCAAAGUUGUACUUACACUUUUUGACAGAUUUUUGCUCUCAUUGUACCACAUAGAAUUGGUCAGUAAGCACAACAAGUAAUCAAACAUAAGGCGCACUGUCAAUUUUUGAGAAAAUUAAAGGAUUUUAAGUGCGCCUUAUAGUUAAAAAAAAUAUGGUAGGCUCGUGGGACUAUUUUCACCUGUUUAUUGUCCAAACAGUUAAAAAUCUUUGUGUUGAAAAAGCUUGGAGCAGAAUAUAUUCUGUAGUUUUCCAAAAAAGGAUGUAUAUAAUUGUCAUUUUUGGCUUUGGUCAUUGAUUGCCCUGAACAGAAGUUAUAAAAAAUGAUGAGCAGUUCAUUCACAGUGUUAUAGCAGCCAUUUUCAAUGUCUUGUUCCAGAUCUUCAGCUGAAGAAAGCAGCACCACCACCAGCCUCCCUCCCACUCUGGAUGUUUUACAGCCUGCUGCUGGAGCGGUGAGUCUCACUGAUUGAGUUUUUUAUGUGUCUGGUGUGGGCUCCAAUUUCCAUUUAGCACCUUUGUAAGCACCCAGAACAUCUGGAGUGUGUGCUCAAUAUGUGCCAUGAUAAAGCAGACGUUUCCUUUCAUGCUUGUGCUGCUAAUCACCGAAUAAGUUAACCAAAUUGGAUAAGGAGUUUUAAGCUCAUCUGAAAGAAAUAACUCUUGUCUAUUUGUGUGUCAAACUAACAUUGAAUCUUAACCCCAUUUUACAUCAAAUAUGCAUGCUUUUACUUUUUUCAAUCUUUUAGAGUCGUAAGUCUUUCUUGGCUUUCAUGUUUCAUGCUGUACAAAAUCACAGAUCUUAUUUAAAUGCACAGUCUGUUCCCAGGAUCCCUGUCUCCUGGUUUCCUUUUGUUGUAAGCUUGUUAACCAAGUAACAGUAGCACCAAUCACACGUCAGAAAGCUUUGUUAUGUGCUCAGACAGGCAUAACACAGCCUAUUAGAAGUUCCUCUCUUCAUCAAGACAGACAUGACAAAGCUGACAUACUACUUAUUAAAAAUCAGCCUCAUGAUGCUUUUAUUUUGUAAAUUAGCGCAAGUCAGUCCUACAAAAGUUGGGUUCUUUUUUUGGUUCAUUCUGCUGUUGUAAAGCAGAGGAACGCCUCUUUUUAACUUUUUUACAGUGAAACUUAGAUUCACCAGAGACUAACAAACAGGUGAUUUUUCUGGAGUUGUAACAAACCCAAAAAAUAAAAAUGAAUAGUCUUACCUGAUGGGGUGAAAUUAACCCUAAUUUUGAUCUGGGCAUGAAGUUCUUUCCUAAAAUUGCUAAAUGGAUAAAAAAAAUUGCAGCCCACAUAAAAGAAGGUUUUAGCUGUAGGGUAUUUGUUGCUGACUGGAGUGCUGUGCCUCCAAUAAUCAUCUAUCGAUCACAAAUAGGUUCCUUCACUGAUGCUUUUCUAACAAGACUGGCACUGAUGUCAUCUCAUCUUUUUUAGUGUGUGUAUCUGUCUCUUCCAAUUUGUGUUCUUCACACUCCUGAACUGUGGGCUUUGGCUUGUUAACUGUCUGAAAUGGUCGAUUUAAUCAUAAACUGGGUUUGGUUGUAUGAUGUAUGGACCUGCUGCUGCUGCUUCUGCUGCUGUUGCACACACUCAGUGGUCAUCACAUUUCUGUGCCUGCUUUUUCAUUUCAUCAUCUGGUGUCACACCGUCCACAAACACUCAUUUCUUUAUUUCUGCCUCACACAAAUAUGUUUUAAGUUUGUGUAUUUAAGUUAUUUUAAGUUAUAUUUAUGUUGUGUUUGGGACUGGUUAUUUUUGUUUCUGUUGUGGCAAUGCCGCCCGCCCUCCUGGUCUUGAUGCUGCCGUGUAGCGUGUUGGACGCCAGUCCUCUGUUAUGGAUGACAUAGAGGAGUGGCUGAGUACUGAUGUGGUGAGCCCAUCAAGAUUUUUAUUUCUGCCUGGAGUUCUGUCUCCUUUUCAUUUUUCCUUUUUUCCAUCUUGUUUAUCUCCUUUUUUUAAUCUAAAGUGUUUUUAAAACCUAAAAAUAACACACUAUUCUCACAUUUCCUCCCUGUUCAAUCAAUCACAUAUUAAUAUCCCAGUUCACCUCGAGUUACUAACAGUGUGCUGUGGGAAUUAACUGACAUUAGUAUGACAAAAUAUGAUGAAAUGAGCAUGAGGUUUUUCCUAUGUAGACAUGAUACACCUUCAGAAAACCUGUUCAUACCAUUCUGGGUCGUGGUUGUUGAAAAUUGUGUUCUUUUUGCCCUCGGCUGUGGCUCCCAGGGAAACAGUUUCUUAAAUCAUGAGCUGUUUAGUUGUAGAGAUAGAUAUGUGUGGAGCCAAGUUUGAUUGACAGAUUCCAGACUUGCCUCAGCAUGUCCACUUUUUUCAGAGAAACUGAUUUGAUUUGCUUUCUGUCUAAAAGAGCUUUAGGAUUGAAAACAUCAUGCUCAUUUUGUACAAAUUCACAUGAAAUUGUUGAGUGGUGAUUUUCAGCUGUUUGGAAAAAUCUGAUUGAUUUCCCCUUGUAUCCACCUUUUUUUUUUUUUAUCUUUAAAUGGGCACCAAUACAAAAUUUUGUGUGAAUUUAAUGGUGAUGACGGGUAAGUGGCCCCUUGUUGUACAUUGCAGUAAUACUAAAUUGGUAAGUAUGAUCAUAGAUAUCUAUCAGGGUGUAGAUUGGUUUUGGGCACUUGGGAAGGAUGAGAAUUUGACUUGAUUUGGGAUCAUUUGUAACAGAUUAGAUUUUGAUAAGCAAUCCCCAGAUAUAAAAUUGUCUUUUUUUUUUUCAACAGAAAGGAGAUGAAGGUGAGGAGGGUGUGACAAGUGAAGGUAAGCAGCUAUAUCUGGUUGUUCACAUGAAAAACACAUUUAUGUCCCUUCAGAUCAAGUCAUCACAACAAUUAGUCAACAUUCUCACUAAAAAACACUGACAAAAUUAUUAUAAUGUAACUCACCACCUGCUCUUCUUUCAAUCCAACAAAAGAAUACAACUCAGUUUAAGAUUUAUAAUGGCAUUUUUAAGUUUAAAAGAGUGAUCAUAACGUUGAAAACUUACAAACAGAAAUAGUCAGUCUUGUUUCUGAUGGUUUUGUUUACAUUUGUAGGUUGUAAUAAAGCACAAUUGCAAAUUCCAGUCUGGUUUAUAAGAAGCUUUAAAGCCUCUGUGAGGACUUUUUAGUUUGUGUAAAUGUUAGUGCCCCCUUUUGACAAACCUAAAAAAUGAUGGUCUUGUUGCUGUUGGUCCUGUUUGAUUUCGGAUAUCACAAAAAGUAGGGCUGGUCGAUAUGGCCUCAAAUCAGUAUCACUAUAAUGAGCAGUUCACUUAAAUAACGAUAAAUGGAUGAUAACUACUCAACAAGCUGCUCACCCCCUCCCACAUUAACUUUGUUUACUUCAGCCGCCGCUCCAGCUGCUACAACUUUUGAACCUUCCCCCAUCUCCUCACCUGUCUUUCCCUCUCUGUUACGGACUGGAUGGGGUGGAGCGACAUAGGACAGCAUCUUAAAGGGACAUGAGACCAUAGCCUACCUACACACAUCCAAAACCAACUUUUAUUUAUGUAUUUUUUUGACACUGAAUACACUGAUAUGGGCAAAAUGACAUCGCUUAUUGUCGUAAAAUUCGGUAUAGGUAAAUUUUCAGUUUAUCGCCCAGCCCUAUCAAAAAGGCAUCAGUAUGAAUUUCAGUCCAUUUUAUAAAAAUCAAAAAAUUCCUCAUUGUAGCUUUAAGUCAUUUUGCAGUUCGUUAUUGAUCAUCAUGACUGCCACUGGCAACUUUUGCUGAAAAGCAUUUUAAAAAAAUGAUUUUGCAAUGUCUGCUGUAGUGGCAAACUAUGCAAGAAUACUCAAAGUGGGCGUAAUGAUAACAAUCUCUCAACAAUAAUUUACAGUUAUUGUGCCCCAAAUCUCAACUUUCAUUUCCAGCUUCAUUUAACCCUCUUCUCUUCAUAAAUGAGCAUCUUUGCUGUCUUUUUCACCUUCAUCCAGAGUUUGACAAGUUCCUGGAGGAAAGAGCCAAAGCUGCAGAGAUGGUCCCAGGCCUACCAUCGCCCCCCAGUGGUGAACCAGGUGCAGGCCAGGGAACCCCGAGCCGCAAGAAGCCAGACAGGCCGGAGGACUCAUUGCUGGCCAUGUAGACCCUCCAUCCCCUUACAUCCCCUGAGCUGCACCACCUGACGAGAGACUGAGCUGACACUGAAUCACACUCACCUCUUCCUGACUCAUCACGACACUAUUCAGUUACACUACAGAGAUUUCUACCUGCCCUCCUCAUGACAAAAAAGGGAAUUAUUUAUAUUUUGGUUAAUUUCUUAUAAGAAAGGGAAAACCAGUCAAACAAGUCUCCCCCACAUGAUGUCAAGUGUCAGAGACUGUGAGGCGGCUUGCCUCCUCCUUCCUCUUCUCUUGUGAAGAAUCUCCCUCCGCCUGUUUGGACUGCAGAGCUUCGUGUUGCAGCUAAUCUUUAAAAAAAAAAAAUUAGUUUUAUAAAAAGAAGCAUCCUGCUGUCCUUGUCAUCUGUAAGAAGGCAGUUUCUUACCUAAGCCCUUAAAGCAUGCAUCAACACCACUCUGAAUCAUUUUCGUCAUUAAAGGCAGAAAUAUUAUGUUGUUAUUGUAGGCAGGAGCGUACCUACAAGGAUAUUGUUUUGGUGUUUGUAUCAGUCCCUUUGCAAGUCAGUCUGAGUUGAAUUGUAAAUCUGUAAAUGACAAAUGUCGAGUUUAUUAGUGGUGUGUAUAUUUAAGCUACAUAUGUAUGAAAGAUUUUGAUUUAAUGCAGAUUUUUGAGAAAAAAAAAAGGUUUAUCAUCCAGCUGCUCUGACGAAAGGGAUGUACCUCAGUGGGGUCACAAGAAAAGGGAAAGUGUGAUCAUGUGCAAACUGAAAAAGGAGAAGAGAAUGUAGUUUUUGUGAUCGGCAUAAUUGCGCACUGCAUCAACAAAUGUGUUGUAGAUUUUUCAGAUUUAACGACAGAUUUUUGAUGAGAUUAUAUUGCUGAGAAUUUAUUAGCCUAAAGCUGCUGUCUGACUUUAUUUGAAGGCAGCUCGGUUAUCCCGUCUGCCGGAAAUACUCGUUUGUAACUGUAGGUUUUAUCUUUAUUUUUGCGUCGAUUGCGCUGUAUAAUCUGUUCUUGCUGUCUAAGGACCAAAUUUGUGCUUUCACCUGGAUGUAAGAGGAAAAUUCUGGAUCAUUUAGUUUUUCGCUCGCAAAUUUCGGUCCUCUCUCGAACAUCCAGAGAUGUAAUGAGAACUCAGUAUCACAAUACACAAGCUGUUUGCACCUUAUCGUCGUGCAUUUCUCCGUUUUAUUUCGUCUCUGCUGACCUUUUAACAUGACAUUUGUUUGCAGAAAUGAGCUCGGCUGCAGACAGCGCUACAAAUGAGCUGCUCUGCUCUUUUGACAACAUUAAAUGCAACAUGUUACACAAUCACAACAAGCUGAGAAACAACAAGCACGCUCUCUGACAGCUGCGUUACCUUUUAGACUUGUACUGUAAAUCACUUAACACUUAACCAAAUGUAAUUAAUGAGGGAAAUAUUGAAGCAGAAAUGUAGAAAUAAUUUAUUUGGCACUAUUUUUUCUCUUCAGAUCAGUAUUUUUAAUCAUUUUAUUGUUAAGAAAAAAAGGAAAGCGGGAAAUGAGUUAUCUUAAGGGAUAGAAUGAGAAAUUCCUGUAAUGCUGUUUGUUUGUGGAGUUUGAUUUUUAUACAUUGCUGCUGGCUAAUGUAUCGUAUCUGUCAUGGUUCUGUUUCUUGGAUAUUCUUGUCAGUUCAAUGUGUCCACACAGAGUUUGAUAAAGGCAGUUUUUGCUGUAAGAGAACCCUGUUUAUCCCAUGAAGGAUACUUAUUUUUAAUCAUCACUUCUUUUUCAUGGACUGGAAGCACAUGACAAAAAUAGACACGUUUAACUUUCUUUGAAAACUUGGGACAAGCAUCAAUGUUGCACAUUUUGAAAGGGAAACCUCCUUCCGUUCAUUUACUUUAGUGCUUUCAAGUCCAACAUUGUGUGUGUGUGUGUGUGUGUGUCAGCUGUCCUGUGAGGUUUAUCUCAGAUGAUUGAAAAAAGGGCGUCCAAAUGUUUGUUUUUUGAAGAAUACAUGUUGUCAGUCUCCUGUUUGAUCACCCUGGUUUAUAUCAGUGAUGUGAAAUCUCAGAAACAGAAAGUCGUAGCAGACUUGCAUUUUUUCUUUUCUUUUUUUGCAGAGGAACGUUGUGUUUCUUUGUGCGUCUCUGGAUGAUAUGAAAAGAUGCUGAUAAAGGAGACUGUGUUGUGUGACUGCUACUUUUCCUGAGUUGCCUCAUCUCUCAUUUUCUCUUUGUGUUGUUUGACUUAUGCAUGAACUCUAAUAAAACACUAGCAGUGUGUCCGCAA